GCCAAAUCUCGCCACCGAUUAAAUUUAAAUCGCCCUCCCCCCUUGGCCUAUUAAAUCCGAUUUCCCGGAUUUUAUUUUAAAUUGGUUUCAGAUCUGUUUGAGGUGACGGAUCCGAUUCCCAGCCUGAUCUUAGGCCCUAACUCAACCUUCAUGGAUGAACCCUGUGGAGACUCGCUUUCGCUACGGCUCUAAUGGGUUUUCACAACUUCCCAGAGUGAGCUAAAAGUCUGUAACAAGAGAUGAGACGGUUUCAGCAGAAUCAAGUAACAAAGUCUUCCACAAGAGAAAUUGAUGCGGAGAAGGUCAAAUUAGUGACUAAAGCAGAUACUGAAAAAAAGGUUGCAAGAAUCUUGGAGCUCAUAAAGAACGAAAGCCAAAGCAGAAAACGCGGGGCAAAGAACUCGAAGAGAGAGCCAGAACUUGUCGGGCUCGUCGAGGACUUCCUACGACAGUAUCAGUUGCUCUAUGCAGAGUAUGAUCAUCUUAAGCAGGACCGAGAUAAAAAUGAUCCCAGAAGAAGCAAGACAGACGAUUCUCUGUCCACCUCCAACUCCGACUCCGACUCCGAAUAUUUUUCUUCUGAGGAAAUCGACUGCAAUUUAGGAGAAUCGAAGCAUGAUCGACUGGCGGCAAAAAGUGUUCCUCAAAAGCUUGAGGAUGAUAACAAGGAAAUGAUCAUCCUAAGAAAUCAUUUGGCUUCAAUUAGGAAAGAGAGAGAAACUUUGAGUACAGAGCAUAUGGCUGCCCAGAGCAAGCUCAAGGAAGCGGAGAAUGUUAUCAAAGAACUGAGGCUAGAAGGGAGCACCGCCCUGAGCAAGAUCCAAGAAGCGGAGAAUGUUAUCAAAGAACUGAGGCUAGAAGGAGCACUGCCCUGAGCAAGAUCCAAGAAGCGGAGAAUGUUAUCAAAGAACUAAGGCUAGAAGUGAGCGAGAGGAAGAGAGAACUGUCAACUCUUUCAAAGAAGCAUCAAGUCCUAGAAGUUGAAGCAUCGCUGAGGACAAAGAAGUUGGAGGGACAGAUAGGUGGCUUGAAAUCUGAAUUGCAGUCUCUGCGCUGCCACAAAAGUGAUUUAGAAGCAGAGAUUCAGAGCCAAGCUAGCAAAGCCAAACAGCUGAAAAUGGAAAGUGAAGGGCUUCAGGCUUGCAUUAUGGAACUUAAACUCAAUUCUGAAAGCAAAGAAAUUGAGAUGUCUGAUCUCCUAAAGAAACUUGACGACAAUGAGAACAGUGCAAAAUCUAGAUCUGCAGAGUCGGAGGAACAAGUCAGGAUUCUGCAAAUGGAGGUGAGCUCUCUACAUGUUGAGAAAUGCAUGAUGGAGGAAACUGUAGAAUGUUUACAGAAGAAACUGCUGGCUAACGAAAAGGAUUUAGAUCGGAUUAACACUUUGAAUGAAGAAGUAAAGCUUCUAGAGAGCCAGAUAGCUAAGUUUGAAGGAAGGGAAGCAGAAAUCGAACAGAACUUGAUUCAAAUACGAACUCUCGAAGAAGAAUUAACAAGUAUGUUUGAAGACAAAGAGAGAGUAACUGAGGAGAAGAACCGCCUUGCUGCGCAGGUCAAGGACAUGAAGCUAAAAUUGGACGCUCUUCGUGUGAGGGAGAAUGAUCUGCUAGAGCAGAUUCGGAAUCACGUCCACGAGAACAAUCAGUGUAGACAGGAAAAGGAGGAAUUGGAAGCCAGGUUCGUGGAAUUGGAGAGCAAAUCGAUAGAAAGGGGAAACGAGCUCUCAGCUCUGCAGGAUAAACUUAAGGCUGAUGGGGAUGCAUACUCUUCGCAUAUAUCUGCCUUGACGGUCCGAGCUAAGAAACUGCAAGAGGAUGUCAAUUCUUUGCUGACCCUGAAGAAGCAGCUGGAGUUGCAUAACGAGAAAGACAGACAAGAAUCUUCGCCAAGGUUCAACGGUGUUCGCAUUGAGAACAAGUCAAGUGAGCAGGAAGUUAUUACUCCUCGCAGGUUGGCUAGGAAAUAUAGGCAAGCUAGGAGUUUGUUGCAAGAACCAAUGGACGCUCAGUUCCUAGAAAGGAGAAUGGAAGAAUUGGCGGAUGAGUUCCGCAUGCACUUCGAAGAUAAUGUACGCCUGAUGAGCCAACGUAUCCUGGUCUUGGAGCAGCUACACAUGGAGAACAAGGAUAGCUACAAGAUGAUGAAAGAGAGGUUUCAGCGAGAGCAUGAGGCGCUUAAGGAUCGGUCCUACAUCUGCAAAGCUGAGAUGGGGAAGAUAACGGAUGCUUCGCUGAUGGUGAGCAAUGCGCUUCACCAUUUGGACUUGAUAGUGUCGAAAUUUGAUGAGCAAAACGAAAACGUUCUAGGCCGUAUGUCGAAAGUCUCGAAGGAGAUCCAAUGCCUGCGAAACAAGGUUUCAGGGGCGAAAGACAAAGUAAGAUGUGUGAAAAGCGACACUGUCCAUCAAAUAACCGCAGUCGACUCCAAAGGCAUGAAGAAUGUUAUACAUAGUGAGGAGAGCUGGGCUGUAAUGGCAAAAGUAGACGAUGAGAACAUGGAAAAGAUGCGUAUGACGAAGGCCGUUGACCAACUCGAGAAGCGGGUGGCGGAAUUAGAGAACAUUGCAAAGGUAAGGGAAGAAGUGUUGUUCGGGCUUGUGGAUGAGAAAAAGGAGGCCAUCAGGCAACUGUGUCUCUCGAUCAACUAUUACCGAGAUCGCUGUCUUCAAUACCGGGAGGUGAUCUCGAAGAUCGCUGCUAGCCGGAGGCGCACAACCUGAGUUUUGAUCUCAUCUCCAUAAGACGAUUCUGGUGCAGCCGUGCGGUGCUUAUAAUCUGGUUCUUCCUUUUCUCAAGUGGCAUAGUGAGCAUUGCUUAUUUUGAUCCACCAUUUGAUUAGGCGGGCAACCUCGCUAAUCAAGCGUAACUUUCUGAAAAUCCUUUGUGGCGGUCCUUUUAUUUUUGGUCUAAUGGAGAGAAACAUCUCCAAGACAAUUUGAGAUUUCGUUGGCAAAAACUUUGUUCUUGUAACGGGUACUUUAUAUACUGCUUUGCAGUAUGAAAAUUCAAUC